CUCCACUUUACAGCUGAAGAAACUGAACUUCAAGUUACAUAACCUGCUGACUGUGAACUAUCACAUGUGCUGAAGCUGGGAUUCACCAAGCGGCCAAAAAGCCCAGGUUCCCCUUACCAUUGCUAUGUUAACCAAUAGACUGAUGUAUUUUAAAUCAGUUUCUAUUUUUUCAACCUCAUGAGUUUGAAAAGCUGCACUCUGCACUGAUUUAGCACUGGUGGCUGCUUAAAACUUGCCUUAUUCCAUUUUAGUAGGCCCUCCGCCAAAAUACCCCAAUUAGUGGUGUCAUCCUCUCUAUUCCAAGAAUUUUCUCGUAAGACUCCCGUUCUGUGUGUUUGCUUGGGAAUGCAGAGCCCUGCUCCUCAUCUCCCCAUCUAUGCUUUCUUCAUUCUAAGCCCUUUCCUAUCUACUUUAUGCUCGAGGUGGCUCCACCUCCACCAUGAGCCACAGCCAAUGAUGCUCAUGGCCCCAACCAUGCUUAAAGAGAAAGACAUUGCCCUGCAAGGUAAAUCAGUUAAAACCAACCUCUCCUGCCCUGAGUGGAUAGGUAGGGUUAGGGUUGCCAGAUGUCACGAAGUUACACGAUGCUCAGUUUUAAGGUAUAUCCCUUAUACUAUAAGGGUUAUAGUAAAAAAUAUUCAUUAUGUGAAAUUCAAAUAUAACUGGGUAUCAGGUAUGCUAUGUGGCAACCCUAGGUAGGGGAGCACAGGUUAGGCAAGAGAUUAGAAGAUUUGCAGCCUCCAAAGUUUCUGCACCUCGAUGGGACACUAGAACAGGAAGGCUCCUGGGCCUUUCUGGCUCUGGGAAUGAAGCGUGGAAAACCUUCCUUAGGCGGGCGCAGUGCUUCAAGUAGCCAAGCCCUGACUUCCGAGGGAAGAAGGGAGGCCAUGGGCCUCUGCCAGAGCCCUGCUCUGGACUCUGGGGUCAGCAGAGUUCAAAACGACCUGCAACGUCUGGCGCUUAGCUCCUAAAGAGGUCUCCAGUGCAGCGGCGACGGCCAGCGGCUAGAGGCCGUCCGCCCGACUCCAAGAUGGCGCCUGCCACAGCUGCCAGGUGUUAAGAUGGCGGCGCGGGGCCGCGCCCGCGCUCCCGGGCUGUCCUCCCCCAGUCUUCCUCCGGCUGGCAGCACGACUCGCGUAGCCGUGCGCCGAUUGCUUUUCGGCCUGGGCAGUGGUCCCGGCUGCCGGUCGACGACCGCCCCGCGUCAUGCGGCUCCUCGGCUGGUGGCAAGUAUUGCUGUGGGUGCUGGGGCUUCCCGUCCGCGGCGUGGAGGUUGCAGAGGAAAGUGGUCUCUUAUGGUCAGAGGAGCAGCCUGCUCACCCUGUCCAGGUGGGGGCUGUGUACCUGGAUGAGGAGGAGCUCCUGCAUGACCCGAUGGGCCAGGACAGGGCAGCAGAAGAGGCCAAUGCGGUGCUGGGGCUGGACACCCAAGGCGAUCACAUGGUGAUGCUGUCUGUGAUUCCUGGGGAAGCUGAGGACAAAGUGAGUUCAGAGCCUAGCGGUGGCACCUGUGGCGCUGGAGGAGCGGAGGACUCAAGGUGCAACCUCCGAGAGAGCCUUUUCUCUCUGGAUGGUGCUGGAGCACACUUCCCUGACAGAGAAGAGGAGUAUUACACAGAGCCAGAAGUGGCGGAAUCUGACGCAGCCCCAACAGAGGACUCCAAUAACACUGAAAGUCUGAAAUCCCCAAAGGUGAACUGUGAGGAGAGAAACAUUACGGGAUUAGAAAAUUUCACUCUGAAAAUUUUAAAUAUGUCACAGGACCUUAUGGAUUUUCUGAACCCAAACGGUAGUGACUGUACUCUAGUCCUGUUUUACACCCCGUGGUGCCGCUUUUCUGCCAGUUUGGCCCCUCACUUUAACUCUCUGCCCCGGGCAUUUCCAGCUCUUCACUUUUUGGCACUGGAUGCAUCUCAACACAGCAGCCUUUCUACCAGGUUUGGCACCGUAGCUGUUCCUAAUAUUUUAUUAUUUCAAGGAGCUAAACCAAUGGCUAGAUUUAAUCAUACAGAUCGAACACUGGAAACACUGAAAAUCUUCAUUUUUAAUCAGACAGGUAUAGAAGCCAAGAAGAAUGUGGUGGUAACUCAAGCCGACCAAAUAGGUCCUCUUCCCAGCACUUUGAUAAAAAGUGUGGACUGGUUGCUUGUAUUUUCCUUAUUCUUUUUAAUUAGUUUUAUUAUGUAUGCUACCAUUCGAACUGAGAGUAUUCGGUGGUUAAUUCCAGGACAGGAGCAGGAACAUGUGGAGUAGUGAUGGACUGAAAGCAGCUGGAAAGAGGAACUUCAAUCCUUUGUUUCAGAAAUUAGUGCUACAGUUUCAUACAUUUUCUCCAGUGACGUGUUGACUUGAAACUUCAGAUUAAAAGAAUCAUUUGUUGAACAACUGAAUGUAUAAAAAAAUUAUAAACUGGUGUUUUAACUAGUAUUGCAAUAAGCAAAUGCAAAAAUAUUCCAUAGAGUGCACUAUUCUUGUUUUUACUGCAUGAACGUAACCCAAUAUUUGAAAAGUAAUCCAGUUUGAAAUGUGAAGACAUAUUCUGGUAGAAUAGUGAGUAGAAUGACAUGCUUACUAUACAGAAGGCAAAAAUAGGACUCUCAGAUAAUAGUUUUAGGAAACCCUUGAUUCCUUAUAUAUGUUUAAGGAGGCUAGUUUUCUGUUUCUUUGCAGUUUUUCUUCUAGAGUCCAUAGCAGGAAAGUAUGUAACCAGAAUUGGUUAGUGUGACCCCCUCAAGUAGCAAGUGAUGGAAAAUAAAAGAGUCAAAUACCUUGA